AUGACAUCCAGUCGUCCAUCCACGCCGCCAGUGUCUUUUGAUAAAAAAAGAAAACAGAUAGAAAUAACUUCGUCGUCUUUGGAAAGUUCAAAAUUAGUUAAUAAAAAAGAGAAAACGAUUAAUUGUAAAGUAUUCAAAACAAUGGUGGAUGUUAAAGUUGUUGAUAAUGAUGAUUUGAGAGAUCAGAGUUUAUGUAAAAAAAGGCGGAAAUCGAUAAGGUGUGCCGAUAGCAGUGACGAUUUACAAGUGAAAGUGGAACCGGAUUCGAGUGUCAAAAAUUCACUGUUGCCACAAAAGAAAAGAGCUUUGCAAACGACAAACACGUCACCAAGCAGGAGUCCGACGAGGAAAAAUAGUAAAUUGAGUGCUGCGAGUGGUACCACAACCAAUACGACUACAACUACUACUGCGACUACGACUACAACUACGUCAUCAGUCGAAGAUGACGAAAUAUUAAUCAGGGAAACAGAAGCGGCGUUAAAAAGUCUUUCGGGAAGUUACACAGGACCAAAAGAAGAAGAUAAAUUCGAACAACCGCAAUUCGAAAAUCUUUUCGAAGAGAAAAAAGUUAAUAAAAUACUUCCGGUCAAUCCGACCGCGACGGCCAACAACGUAGAUCUAUCGAAUCCUUUGAAAGAUAUAAUAACCCUUCGAGAAUUGCAAGAUAUUAAAAAUUUAAAAGAUUCAAAAAGGAAUUUAGACAAUAAAUUAUUGCAUGCCAAAGUAGUGAAAAAAGAAGAAACCGGAAAUGGUAGGUCCGGUGAUAAAUAUGCUGGUUCUCGUUACGAACCCGAUUUCAACGAACUCGUCAACGAUUCGUCUAACGAAUUGGAAAUAGAUAUACCCGAUAAUAAUGACAUCGUUAUCAAAAGAGAAGAUAAAAGGGAUUACAAUUCAAAAACAUUCGAUUUAAAAAAUAAUAAUAAUAGUAUUAAUAAUAAUAAUAAUAAUAUCGGUAACAACGACAGCAACGACGAUAGCUCUAACACGAACAACAGUGGCUUAUCAAUGUCGUCAUCAUCCGCAUUUCGUUCACCCGAACUGAGAAACAGAGUUAACAUAGAUAAUUCGGCGAUACCACCGUUGGGCCCGUUUCCGGCGAGCGCAACAUUCGUGGGUUACCCAAAUUCUACGAUCGCAAACACGGUUCAAAGUCCGCAGGUACCUGAAAUCAAAUUGAAAACGGAAAAAAUCGAAUUGGAAAGGCAAGACGGUAUCGUGAACGGUAAAACUCCCGUCGGAUCUCCGGAUUCAAAGCAAUAUACGAUAUUACAACCCGCUGGAGCAGGUUCCAGAGCGGCCACGGUAAUGAAAGACAUUGCCAGAGAGGGGGUAUUAUCGGUAUCUGCGGUCAGCAGUAGCAGCAGCGGAAGCGGCAGCAAUCCCGGAGUCGUCACGAGCACAAUACCGAACGCGGAAAGAAGUUCGUCAUCGACACCAUCUUCGGCCACUUUGGAUAAGGUAUCGGUUAUCGGUACGGAUGUUUCCAGUCCGAUAGCAGCAUUGUCACCGAACAGUUUAAGUAGAGGAGAUGGUAAUAAAUGUCCGACUCCAGGUUGUAACGGUUUGGGACAUUCCACUGGACUUUACACUCAUCACAGGAGUUUAUCCGGUUGUCCGAGAAAGGAUAAAGUCACUCCGGAAAUUCUGGCGAUGCAUGAAACCAUAUUGAAAUGCCCUACACCGGGUUGCAAUGGACGUGGACACAUCAACACGAGUAGAAACAGUCACAGGAGUUUAUCGGGAUGCCCUAUGGCAGCUGCGAGUAAGCAGGUCUUACGUGAGCAAAAACAAAGAGUGGCCUCCUCUUCUUUAUUACCAGUAACGUUGAUGUCACCGAAUAAUGCGAUAACGUCAUCAUCCGAAGCGAAACAAACGUUUUCUGGAAGUUAUGCGAAAGAACCUGAAAAUGUCAGGUCGCCGAUGACUUCAAGUUACACAUCGAGUCCUUAUUAUAAUCAUAAACCUUUAGUUAAAACAGAAGAAAUAAUGAAAUUAUCACCGAAAGUUGAAGUUCGUAAUAAUUCGAUGAUAAUUAAAUCCGAAGGUGGUGGUGGUGGUUCCAACACUCCUCCACCUCCCCCUCCAAAGACAUUUGAUUCGUAUUUAAAUCAAGAUUCUAAUUCUUCGUCCGUGUCGAGUAUGGACACGAUUAAUUCGAGAGCGGGUUCACAAUUGUCGGGUUGCCACCACAUACCCCAUCAACCUCCACACCAACCGGUUCCUCACCAUCCUCAACCUCCUCCACCGUAUACUUCGAUGUCUCUUGUAGAUCCUCCUCAUCAGUUACCGCAAAGAUCUCCUUAUGAAAAUUCAGAAAUCGUGACCACUUCCGAAGAUACGUUUAGAGAUAGAUCGUAUCUCACGUCGGAAAAUCAUCCCGUUUCGAUAACGCGACCCAUGGUGAGUUAUCCGGGAGAAAUAAAUCGGAAUUACGAUUCGACGCUCGGACACCGUCCGUACGAUCCAGGUAGCAGCUACGAUCGAUACGAUUCCACGCAAUGUAACACCGGAAUCGGACAAACUCAACGGUUAUACGCAGGGUAUCCUGGUCAAACGGACGAUAGAAGUUAUCAUCAAGAUCAUCAAAUGUCGAACAUGACGUCUUCGGGUAUAAUGAAAACCGUAUCGAUAUCCGAUUCGGAUGCGACAGGUGCAACGGCUCCUAUUUAUCCUCGGCCCAUGUAUCAUCACUACGAUCCGACCACGGGUGCGGUCCCACCUGGUUUUUCGGCAGCCGCAAUAAAUCUUUCUGUUAAAGCGGCACAAGCCGCUGCUCAAGCUCAAGCGGCAGCUGCCGCUGCUGCUGCACAAGCCCAGGGUCAAUUAAAAGGAGGAGCACCGACAUCACCCGGUGGAAGCGUUAUAGAUUUGUCUACAUCGAACGUGACGUCCACGAGCCCUCAGGCCCCUGGUUAUUACAAUCAAAGAGUAUCAAGUGGGAGUCCACACGGUUGCAGGAGUCCUCAUAGAGGAACUGGUGAAAGUCCAGAAAUUCCAAGUCCACAAGGACAAACUGGUGCACGACCGCUUCCACAUGGAUUCGUGCCUCCUCCAACUGCUUGUUAUAGUAGAGAAUCUACACCCGAUAGUGGUGGAUCUCAUUACAUGGAUUCUUAUAGAGAAAGUAACGGUUAUACUCCAAUGAGUCCUCAUCCUGGAUACGGCAUGACUGGUGAAUAUCCAGGCAAUAGUUACACUCCUUAUCCUGGAUCAUAUCCGUGUGGUGGAUACCCAGGUGGUGUUGUUGCUUCUACUUAUUCUGCUGGAUAUGCUCAGAAUCCAUGCUAUAGUAUGGCUCCUCCUCAACAUCCUCCUCCUCAUACUGAAAAAGGACACAAGGAAGACAGUAAUUUUUCUCGCUACAGUAAUAAUAUUAGAAGACAAUCAUUAUCAUAUUCUCGGAGUUCACAACAGGGUAGGGAUGGAAAGGAGUUGAUACAGUGUCCUACAAACGGAUGCGAUGGAAUGGGUCACAUGUCAGGCAACUAUGCUACCCAUAGAAGGCAAGACAACAAGUCUUUGUUCGAUUAUGUUCAUAGCUUGAAAAUUAUAUGUUGUCCUAGAGCUGAUAGAAGUCAAAUUCAAGCACAUUCUCAGGAGUUAAAAUGUCCCACGCCUGGUUGUGAUGGUUCAGGACACGUAACUGGAAAUUAUUCCUCGCAUCGGAGUUUAUCUGGUUGUCCGAGGGCUAAUAAGCCUAAAAGUAAGCCUCGGGACGGAAAUAAAUUUUUUGCGCAUGCAUUCAGAUGUCCUAUACCUGGUUGUGAUGGAUCUGGACACGCGACUGGAAAGUUUCUAUCACAUAGAAGGUGUCCCGUGCCUGGAUGUGACGGAGCCGGUCAUAUAACUGGAAAAUAUACCACUCACAGAAGUGCUUCGGGUUGUCCGAUAGCCAACCGUAACAAAUUAAGAGUUCUUGAAAAUGGCGGAGGACCCGUCGAACAGCACAAGACCACCCUGUCGCAACCGAUUGUUAAAUUUGAGGGCACCAAUUGUCCGACGCCCGGAUGCGAUGGCACUGGACACAUUAACGGAACUUUUUUAACUCACAGGUCUUUGUCCGGAUGUCCGGUGGCCGGACAAACUCAAAAGAAAAAAUUUUGUUCUGAUGACAUUUACACGAAAUCGUGCGGGUUGGAACCUAGUCAAGGGAGCACAGUAGGACCCGGUGGUGAAGAUUUAAUAACUCUCGAAGCGGAAAUAUCAGAGCUUCAACGUGAAAACGCAAGAGUCGAAUCUCAAAUGAUGAGACUUAGAACGGAUAUAAGCGCCAUGGAAGCACAUUUGAGACAAGGGGACAAGGAAAGUCAAGCGUUGUCGCAAAGGAAUAACAAUUUGAACGAAUAUUACGAGAGUUUGAGAAAUAACGUGAUGAGUCUUUUGGAACAUGUGAGGAUACCGGGAACGCAAGAAAAACCCUCGCACGAAAAUUUAGACAAUUACAUAACCAAAUUACAAACCCUGUGCACGGCCGACGGGUAUUGCGCCGACGACACUCAAAGGCCCCUUUACGAAACGGUCAAAUCCGCACUUCAAGACUUCACACUACUUCCGACGCCCAUAUGA